CUGUCAAAUUAGGUGCUUUCCAAACAUUCAAAUUGUUGUCAAAGUCCUUUCUAAUCGCCGCAUCGAAUUCAUUUGUAAUCGGUGCGUUGUGAGAAAAACAUCUUUCAAAUAUUUCGUUCAGCUGGUGGAAAAAAAGCAUUUAAGAAAUUACACGAUGAAGAUAGCAAUCGAAGGAUGUGCCCAUGGUGAAUUGGAGCGAAUUUACGAUACAAUUGCAUUAAUUGAACAACAACAAAAUAUCAAAGUGGAUUUGUUAUUAUGUUGUGGUGAUUUUCAAGCGACCAGAAACCAAAACGAUCUCGAAUGUAUGGCAGUGCCGAAAAAGUUCCAAGAUAUUUGCACAUUUUACAAAUACUAUAGCGGUGAAAAAGUUGCUCCAAUUCUGACAAUAUUCAUAGGUGGCAAUCACGAGGCAUCGAACUAUUUACAAGAAUUACCGUACGGUGGUUGGGUUGCACCGAACAUUUAUUAUUUGGGCUAUGCUGGCGUUGUCACAUACAAGGGUAUUCGAAUCGGUGGUUUGUCAGGCAUUUACAAGGGAUUCGAUUAUUUCAAGGGACAUUUUGAGAAGCCACCAUAUACCGCCGAUACAAUGCGUUCUGUUUAUCAUUACCGACAACAAGAGACAUUUCGGCUGCAACAAUUAUCACAGCCAAUUGAUAUAAUAAUGUCACACGAUUGGCCAACCGAUGUCUACAACUAUGGAAAUACGGCACAAUUAAUCAAAUUCAAACCACAUUUUCGAGAUGAAAUCUAUGACAAUAAACUCGGUAGCCGGCCACUAUUUGAUUUAUUGAAGAAAAUUCAACCAACAUAUUGGUUUUCGGGUCAUUUACAUUGUAAAUUCUCCGCUGUUAUUCCACACGACAAUGGGAGCGAUACCAAAUUUCUGGCACUUGAUAAAUGCUUACCGAAUCGACGAUUCUUGCAAGUAAUUGAUGUUGAAACGACACACACUGAAUCAGAUCGAUUGCAAUACGAUUUGGAGUGGCUUACCAUUUUAUAUACGACAAAACAUUUAACACACGUUAAUUCGACUCCAAAUUAUAUGCCUGGCCCUGGGAAUACAACGUGUCGAUGGAACUUUCAACCGACUGAUGAAGAGAAAAGUCUGGUACUCAGUCGAUUUUGUGGAAAUUUGAACAUACCGAUGAACUUUCAACGCACCGCACAACCAUACAAUCCGAAUAACCGACCACCAAUGACACAACAACCAAAACCAGUUCGAAAUCCACAAACCAUUGAAUUUUGUAAUAUACUGGAAAUUGAUGAUCCACUAAAUUUGGCCGUGAUUUUGGCGGGUGGCGAAAUUAAUGUAUCUGACUAUCGGGAUGUGGCCAAUGCUUCAAUUACAUCUGAUACUAGCUUAACACUGAAUGACAGCGAUCGACUAGAUGAUCUAUCUGAAAAUAAUACGCUAAAUUCGUCGACAGCAUCGUCGGGCGGUAUAACAAAUUUAACGCUACUCAAUCAACGAUUGUCGUUAUUUGAUUCAUUGCCGGCACCGAAAAAUUCACUCAACGAAUUAUUGAAUCCAGAGGAAGCCGAUAUUGACUUGAGCGACGAUGAUGAUGCAAAUGAUAGCGUUGAUGCCGUUCAAAUUGAUACAGAUAUUAUUAUUGAAGAGGACCGAUUGACGAAAAUCGAUGACAGUCAUGUGGAAGACAACGAACUGAGUGGGAUUGAUGAACAAAUUGAUACGGUGAUGACCACCGAAAAACGACAAAUCAACGACGAAAACCAAACCGAAUCAACACAACCUUCUGUGAAAAAAAUCAAACGACGAAAUGCCGCAAUAUACACGGAAACUGAAGACUAACACAUAUAAAACCAACAAUACAUUUUAUUUGUUUACACAAAAUUCCUUUUAAUUUCAAUUUAGCUAAAAUAUUUUUUA